UAACCCUGAACUCUUAGGGGUUUCGGCGUACAGGAGUAGGGGUUAGAAACGUGCAGGUGUUGCGGCUUGUCUAAUACGCUUGUCUCUUUACGUUUACCCCAAAGCCUGAAGUUAGAUUAAAUUGCUUUAAGGUUAUUGAUCAAUUACUGCAGUGUCUUUUUUGCUGCUUUGCUCCUGGAAGCCUUGGUUCCAUCCGUCUAGAAUAAUUCUGCCGACUGACUAGCAGAUAACCAUGAGCGGUCCACUACCCAUUCUUGGUCUGGCGCGGGAUAACAUGGCGGAAGAUAUUCGAUCCCUUGUGAAGGAGUCUGGGAUUCCGGUGAACAUGACCAAUGAGUUUGGACAAGCGGCCUUGCACGUCGCGGCUCUUUGGGGCAACUUGGAAGCCGUCAAGGCGCUCAUCGAACUCGGCGCAGAUGUCAACAUCACGAACAGCCGCGGCUCCACCCCGCUCCACUUCGCCGCCUCCGCCAAGCGGCAUGCGCGCGCGGUGUGCCAGGCGCUGAUGGACGCGGGGGCGGACACGGAGGCUGUCGACGUGAUGGGUCGCCAGCCCUACGAGAUGGCCAACGAGGAGGAGGUGCGGGCGCUGCUGGGCGGGCCGGACGCAAGGAUCUUCCAGUUCGCCAGCAAGGGCGAUGCGGCGGGUCUGCGGGCGCUGCUGCAGGCGGCAGGAGGGGAGGACAAGGAGCCUGUGAGCCUGCGUGUGGUGGACAGCGAGGGCUGCACGCCGCUCAACCUGGCCAUUGCCGCGGAGAGCCUGGAGACGGUGCAGGUCAUCCUGGACCACGACCCCGCCAUGAUCAGCUACCCCGACAUGUCCGGCAACACCCCGCUGCAUGCGGCGGUGGAGGCGGGGGACCUGCACGUGCUGAGGCACCUGCUGGCCAGGCAGCCGCCGCCGGAGAUGAACGUGCAGAACAUGCAAGCCAGCGAGUACGCGCAGGGCAACUGGAUGCUGCGCGGGGAGACGCUGGAGCCCUUCGACAAGACCCCGCUGCACAUGGCGGUGGAGGCGGGGGACGAGCAGGCGGUGCGGGCGCUGCUGGAGACAGGUCGUUGCAACGUGAACCUGCUUGACUUCGACAAGUCCUCCCCGCUGCACCUGGCGCUGGAUGCGGGGGACGAGGGGCUGGUGGAGAUGCUGCUGCGGGCGGGGGCCAAUGCGGACCUGGCUAACCCGGACUUCAAGUCCCCGCUGCACCUGUGCGCCACCCGCUUCAAGCCCUCCAUGAUGAAGCUGCUGCUGGAGGUGGGUCACGCCAACGUGGCUGCUGCCGUGUCCGAGGACGGCUGGACGCCGCUGCACCUGGCUGCGAGGGUGGGCGCGGGGGACAAGGUGGCGCUGCUGCUGGGGGCGGGGGCGGACGUGCAGGUGGCGAACCAGCAGGGUAACACCCCGCUGCACCUGGCGGCGGUCAACGGGCACACGGCGGUGGUGCAGGCGCUGCUGGCGGCGGGGGCGAGCAAGGACGCUGUGAACAAGGAGGGCAAGCGCCCCGCGGACAUGGCCAAGGGGGAGGAGGUGCGCGCGCUGCUGCUGGCGUGAGUGGGGACACGUGUGGACUUGUGGAGGGAAGGAGCAGAGCGGGGAGUAGGGAAGAUGGCGCAUGAGAGCCGCCCUGAGCCCCUCCCUGUGCUUCGGAAAGCUGGACAGAGGGGUGGAAAGAGGAAGCAACUGCCGGUAGCUGAUCGAGGGACAGAGGGGUGUGGGCGCUCCUAGGGCGGCAGGGAGGGCGGCAGGGCUGCAGCGGCGGGCUUUGGGGUCCUUUGAGUCUGAAGACGAGAGGGCAUGGCAUGCAUGCACGGGGUUUCCUGCUGGGGUAUCCAUGCAACGUAUGCGGCUAAGGGCGGACUGGUGUUGCGGGGUGGGUUGCGUGAAGUGAUGAGAUCAGGGGAGCCAAUGGGGAACGCAAUGGGCAUGCCCCGGGUUAAGCGCGGAGGCAUCAGGCAUGGCACCGCAUGUGCAGGAGUUUGGGUUGAUGCAGGAGCUUUGCGGUUGGAAGUCAUGUCGGGGCUCUGGACGGAGAUCUUUCGCUAAUGGUAAUAAGAAAGGGAACCGGAAUGGAAGGUGUUGAUGAGCGGUAAUGCAAAAAGAGGGCAUCACGCGUUCAGCGUCCACACGCGGCCGCCAGGACGUGGCGUGCUGUGUGUCCAGUGAAGCUGUGAAAGAGGAUGGAGCGCCUCCUGUGGCGAGUUCGUGGCAUUCCUUCGGACGUUCAUGCGUGAGAAGAUCUACAGGCCAGCAGGUACGACGGUGUAACGCUGAGCAGAAGGUGGUUUACAUGGGCCUUGCUAAACAGGAUGGCGUGAAGACGACAGGAACCCGUCAGGAACCAGAAGUGUGCAGGGCGUGCCUCAGCAGCCUCACCGGAUCUUGCGAGUGGUAUGUACAGGGUGUGGCCGAGUCGCAGCGCGGGGCUCAGGUUGGGGUCGACGGCGGGUCAGGGGGUUGCAAGCCACGUCCUACUAGCGAUGAUGAAAAAUGCGCAAGCGACGUAACGGCACCCGCUAGAAUGCGACGGUUACAAGGGCUAGGUCGCUGGGAUGUUGUAGCCGUUUGUACUGCAGAAAGCUUAAGCACUCGAGCUUGCUAGGUAAGAGCUAUAUAAGAUAUUAAAGAUUAGGCGAUAAAUUAUACUGUUGCUUUUGGAGGGUUGUGCGGAAUGAGAACAUGUUUAAGGCCAACGACUGUUACAACGACAGCCCAGCUGCGAACCCGGGCAAUCGCUGCACCGGGCGCUUUAGCGUUCGCAGUCCGACCCAAUCCAGUGAAUGGCCAAGCUCAAGCCCUAGUUGUGUGCGAUUUUGGAGUAUGCCCGAUGCACCUGAAUGACCGCGAAGAAUACGCCCGGCUAGAGCCACCUCUUGCUCUUCGCAACCACAUAUCUUCAAGGUUUAAUGUGCGCCAUGUAACGGAUGCGGUGUAUGAUCCACACAGCUCCAUGGUGCUUUUCGCGCAUGGAGGCACCAGCCUGUAUGGCAUGGAUGCAAGCAACCGCGUUACGCAGCUAGCAGGCGAUGAGGAAGGCGGCAUCCUAUGCGACGGCCCUUCUAGCGAAGCUCGGUUUAUAGGCGCGCAGCGCCUCGCCACAGAUGGAGCCGGCAUCACCUACAUCCGCGACCGUGACACGACCUCACGCAACGGCUUCUGCUUACGCGCUCUCCAAGAGGUCUCCCAGCCCUCAGGUAACGCUGGCAGCGGCGUCCGUGCGGUGGUUACCGUCCUUGCUGGCAGCAACAACACGGGCCCGGUUGCUCUAACGUACGACACCCACCGAGGCACGCUGCUGUACACCAGCCGCGGCCAUGCCGUACACAGGCUCCUGUCCCACGGCAUGACGGAGGCGGUCGUCGGCUCCGAUGACCCCCUACAGCAGCAGCCAGCGCUGUACGACACCGCUACUGCCGCCGUCGCAUCUGCCUCGGGCGGUUCGGAGCAUAAGACUUCUCAAGGCAAUGGUGCUGCUGGUGGUGGUGCAGGCGAGGCUUCAGACCCGAUGUCGGAGGCCGCGGCGACAGCGGCGACGGCGACCCAGAUGGGAAGAAGUCGCCGCGUCUUCACUAACAUUCAAGACCUGGCAGCGGAUGCCGUCAGUGGCGACGUUUACCUGCUCGACGGCAACGGCGGAAGCACCACUGAGCUGCGUGUGUUGCGACCCGAUGGGUCGGUCGAGACGCUGGCGGCGGGGCUGCGCAUCGGGCCGCGCGGCAGCCCCCGCUGCCCUCGGCUAGCCGUACUGCCGUACAAGCAUCUUGCGGUGUACGGCAUUUCCUCUUACGAUAUGAUGUUGAUAAAGUUGGACUGAGAAGGUUGCGGACAACACAGCGUAAGAGAUACCCGGCGGCCAUCCCGGGGAGGCCGGGGAGGUGACUACACGCACAUGGUUCUGGUGGGGGACGGCGUUGCAGCGGGGGAUCCAGUAAUGGGUUAGAGGGGCUGAAGAGUGGACUGGACCAAGCUGCUUAAGCUCGCUAUUGGGUGACACUGUGGAGAGGUUUGGGGCAGGGAGACGGUCUCGUCCAUGUUGCAAGCAAAGCACUGAUGCACAGAGGGUCUUUCGUUUUCAUGCCUUGCAAAGCAACUCCUCGUGGUGUUAUAGUGAGAGCUACUUGCAACUGGCGAUUGGGCCACAUUCUUGCGAACUGCGAUUGGUAAAGCGAGAGGAGGAGAGAGAUACUUCGUGGUACCUGUUCAGGUGCGUUGUACGGAUGCGCACCAGUGGUUCGGGACUUGUGGGAACGGAUUGGAGGCUUCAAGGUGCCGAGGGUGGGGGGACGGGACGGCAGGGGGGGCACGAGCGCGCAAGUGUUAUAUCGGUACAAAUGAUGUGAGGGUACGGCAGGAUGCCUUGUACGGCAUGGAUCAGGACUGACUGGACACUUGCUUAUAGCAUGAUGCAUGAACUUUAGUGGAGUAGAUUGUAUGGCAUUUGGGUGGGGGGCCUCGGUCCCGGCAGUCCAGGGGUUGAGUACAGAAUGAUCGCAGGGGUGUAGCGAGUACUGUCGGUGCGGUAUCUGGAUUAAUUGUACCGGGACCGUAUGCAACUGUGCGUUUAACCACCUGUGUGUGAUCACUCCCUUAGAUUACUCUUUUGUGUUUUACAUGAGCUCGGUGUUUCGUUGACUGGAAUCUUCAUUGGCCCCCCUAGGUGACAGGCACCACAGAGGGCCAGCCGGUUAAAUGGAUGGGCAGGAGGGGGCAGCGGGGCGUUAACUCUGCACUUGUGAGCGUUAUUAUGUAUAGUAGCUGGUUCCCGUGGCCACAAGAUGUAUCAACGGCAGUGGCCGCAGAAGGGCGUAGGUGCAUGCGGCAGCAGUUGAACUCUUCCUUUUACUGCUCGCGUGGAAGGCAGGUUGAUGGCUACUGAAGGGUUCGAUGCUAGGGAUGCGAUGUGCACCGGCAGCAGUGCUUUCGAUCUGAGGUUGGCCGGUUCUGAAUUAACGUGACAAGUCAAUUAAGUGUUUGCUCGGGCAUGAGCAAUGUCCCUGCCUACGGAAUAAUGGGUCACCCUGCCUGGCUAUAAGGGCUUCAGGUGUCCAGAGGCAUUGCCGUAUGUACGCAUGACACAUGCGUCGUUAUCCUGCUGAAGGUGCACCGUGUCGCCAGGUUGACAAUGUUUUAUCUCUUCUGUGUAAAUAAAAUCUAGGCAAUCGCGGCGUUGCUUUUUUCACUGCAGGUAGCCUCCUAGCAUUCGCUAAUGCAAGCACAUUUGCAAGUAGGACGGCCAACACAGGAUAAGUGAAUCACAUGAAUCCUGUAGUAGACUAAGGACCUUGCCAUCAGCUCGUACUGUAACCAGAAAGCGACAGCUUCAUACGCAUGGUGGCUGGGAGCAUGUCGCAGCCCGUGGGCCCGCCUCCUAUAUCAGCGUCAAGCGGCCAGGAGCAAACACUAAACGAUAUCCUGAAUUGGCGCUCGCUGCGUUGGCAGGCCGGUUGCACUUACGAGGGCCUGGAGGCGAACGGAGCCUGCGAGUCGCAUGGUGUGGUCACGUGGCCCUCCCUGCGCGAGCGCUACGAGGGGCAGCUGCGGGGCAGUCGGCCGCAUGGCUACGGAGCCUACCGCUGGCAGGACGGCACGCUGUACCGCGGCGAGUGGUACGAGGGCCACCUGCACGGCUGCGGAGUGCUCAUCUGGCGGGACACGGCGGGGCAGGUGCAGGCGCAGGCCGGCAAGUUCUUCGCCGACGACUUCGUGGGCCCAGUGGGCGGCUGCGGGAGUGAGGAGGCGCAUGCGGCGGCACUGGAGGCGGACCUGGCGGCGGCACGAGCACGCAGCUUUGAGACCCCGCACCUCAGAUCCCAAGCGCGCGCGCAGGCCGCAGCCCCAACCGCCGCUGCCUCACCCUCGCCGCACCCGCCGCGUCCCUUCCCUGGGACCUCAGCUCAGCGCCCCUCCACGUCCGCCCCCGCUGCUGCUGCUGCAUCCGCUGCUUCUGCUCCUGGCUUCCGCGGGAGCACUCGAGCCCCAUCACGCGGCGGCGGCGGCUGGGCUGCGCGAGCGCCCGUUGGGCCCCUCCGUCAGGGGCGGAGUGGGGCUGCGGAGGGAGCAUACGGCAGUGGGGCGGGUGCGGGCGGCAGAGGUGCGGCCCUGCGGGAGGGGAGGG